CCCUCGGGGAGAGCUGUGCGGACCGUCGCGCCGCCCCGCCACUCGCCGCCCCUUGCAACAGGUCCGCCGCCUCCCGGGCGGCCUCCCUCUGCGCUCCCCUCCCCCGCUCCGCGCGACCCCCGGGGCGCCUCCGCUCGGCUCCGGGCUCGGUCUGGCCACCCGCUUCGAUGCGAUUUGGGUCCAAAAUGAUGCCGAUGUUUCUUACUGUGUACCUCAGCAACAAUGAGCAGCACUUCACAGAGGUCCCAGUUACCCCAGAAACCAUAUGCAGAGACGUGGUGGACCUGUGCAAAGAACCAGGCGAGAGUGACUGCCACUUGGCGGAAGUGUGGUGUGGCUCUGAACGUCCAGUUGCUGAUAAUGAGCGGAUGUUUGAUGUCCUGCAGCGGUUUGGAAGUCAGAGGAAUGAAGUUCGGUUCUUCCUUCGCCAUGAACGCCCCCCUGGCAGGGACGUUGUGAGUGGACCAAGGUCUCAAGAUCCAAGUUUAAAAAGAAAUGGUGUAAAAGUUCCGGGUGAACAUCGAAGAAAGGAGAAUGGCGUUAAUAGUCCUCGGAUGGAUCUGACUCUUGCUGAACUUCAGGAAAUGGCAUCCCGCCAGCAGCAGCAGAUUGAGGCCCAGCAACAAAUGUUGGCCACAAAGGAACAGCGCUUGAAGUUUUUGAAGCAGCAGGAUCAGCGUCAACAGCAACAAGCUGCUGAGCAGGAAAAGCUCAAGAGACUCAAAGAAAUAGCUGAGAAUCAGGAAGCUAAGCUGAAAAAAGUGAGGGCACUUAAAGGCCACGUGGAACAGAAAAGGCUAAGCAACGGAAAGCUUGUGGAAGAGAUUGAACAGAUGAAUAGUUUGUUCCAGCAAAAGCAGAGGGAGCUCGUUCUGGCUGUGUCCAAAGUAGAGGAACUGACAAGGCAGCUGGAGAUGCUCAAGAACGGUAGGAUUGACGGUCACCACGACAACCAGUCUGCAGUGGCUGAGCUCGAUCGGCUUUACAAGGAGCUACAGUUGAGAAACAAACUGAACCAGGAGCAGAAUGCCAAGUUGCAACAACAGAGGGAGUGUUUGAACAAGCGCAAUUCAGAAGUGGCGCUCAUGGACAAGCGUGUUAAUGAGCUGAGGGACCGGCUGUGGAAGAAGAAGGCGGCCCUGCAGCAGAAAGAGAACCUUCCAGUUUCAUCUGAUGGCCACCUGCCCCAGCCGGGGGUGUCGGCGCCGAGUCGAGUGGCUGCAGUUGGGCCCUACAUCCAGUCGGCCACCAUGCCGCGGGUCCCCUCGCGGCCCGAACUCCUGGUGAAGCCAGCCCUGCCUGACGGUCCCCUGGCCACACCGGCUUCCGAGGGGCCAAUGAAAGUCCAGACGCUGCCCAACAUGCGAUCUGGGGCUGCUUCACAAGCGAAAGGCUCUAAAAUCCAUCUGCUUGGCCCUGAUUGGACUCCUCCGAAUGCAGAUCUUUUCUCGAGCCAAGCCUCUGCUUCCAUGCCUAAAAGCUCUGGGAAUGUACCAGACCAAGCUGAUGAUGGGGAGGUUCCGCUCAGGGAGAAGGAGAAGAAAGUGCGUCCCUUCUCCAUGUUUGACACAGUGGACCAGUCCGCUGCCCCGCCUGCCUUCGGUUCUCUCAGGAAGAACCAGAGCAGUGAAGAUAUCUUGCGGGAUGCUCAGGCUGCAAAUAAAAAUGUGGCUAAAGUACCACCUCCUGUUCCAUCAAAACCAAAACAGAUUAAUUUGCCUUAUUUUGGACAAACUAAUCAGUCACCACCAGACAUUAAGCCAGAUGGAAAUCCUCAGCAGUCGUCAGCAGCUGUGGCAUCCAUGGGAAAUAAACCCAAAACAGCAGGACAGCAGCAGAGGGUCCUGUUGUCCCCCAGUGUCCCUUCGGUUGGCCAAGCAGACCAAACCCUUCCUCCAGGUUCUAAGCAGGAAAGUCCCCCUGCAGCCGCUGUCCGGCCCUUCACGCCUCAGCCUUCCAAGGACACCCUGCUUCCACCCCUCAGGAAACCCCAGACCGUGGCCGCCAGCUCAAUAUACUCCAUGUACACCCAGCACCAGGCCCCCGGGAAGAACUUCCAGCAAGCCGUGCAGAGCGCGUUGACCAAGUCCCAUUCCCGCGGGCCGCACUUUCCGAGCGUAUAUGGCAAGCCUGUGAUUGCUGCUGCCCAGAACCAACAGCAGCUCCCAGAGAACAUUUAUUCCAAUAACCAGGGCAAACCUGGCAGCCCGGAACCUGAACCUGAGCCCGUUUCUUCAGUUCAGGAGACGCAUGAAAACGAAAGAAUCCCUCGGCCACUCAGCCCGACCAAACUACUGCCUUUCCUAUCUAACCCUUACCGAAACCAGAGUGAUGCUGACUUAGAAGCCCUCCGAAAGAAACUGUCUAAUGCACCAAGGCCGCUCAAGAAACGUAGCUCUAUUACAGAGCCAGAGGGUCCCAAUGGGCCGAAUAUUCAGAAACUUCUGUAUCAGAGGACCACCAUCGCUGCCAUGGAGACCAUCUCCAUCCCAGCAUACCCACCCAAGGCCGCUUCUGUGACUGCCAGCCCAGAAAGCCCAGUGGAAAUCCAGAAUCCGUAUUUACAAGUGGAGCCAGAGAAGGAGGUGGUCUCUCUGGUUCCUGAGCCAGUGUCCCCAGAGGACUUAGGAAGUGCCAGUACGGAGAGCAGUGACGUGCCAGCUCCUUCUCCGGGCCUUGAGUAUGUCCCCGAAGGAGUUCCAGACAGCAGCCCCAAUGUCCAGAAUAGCUUGGAAGAACCAAACCCAGAGGCUCCCCCUAUGCUGGAAGUGUACCUGGAGGAGUACCCCCCCUACCCGCCCCCACCAUACCCGUCUGGGGAGCCAGAAGGCCCAGGAGAAGACUCCGUGAGCAUGCGUCCGCCUGAGAUCACCGGGCAGGUUUCUCUGCCUCCUGGCAAGAGGACAAACUUGCGUAAAACUGGUUCGGAGCGGAUUGCUCACGGAAUGAGGGUGAAAUUCAACCCCCUUGCUUUACUUCUAGAUUCCUCUUUGGAGGGAGAAUUUGACCUUGUACAGAGAAUCAUUUAUGAGGUGGAUGACCCAAGCCUGCCUAACGAUGAAGGCAUCACAGCUCUUCACAAUGCUGUAUGUGCAGGUCACACAGAAAUUGUUAAAUUCCUGGUACAGUUUGGUGUAAAUGUCAAUGCUGCUGACAGUGAUGGAUGGACCCCACUGCAUUGCGCUGCCUCCUGUAACAACGUCCAGGUGUGUAAGUUUUUGGUGGAGUCGGGAGCCGCCGUGUUCGCCAUGACCUACAGUGACAUGCAGACUGCUGCCGAUAAGUGUGAGGAGAUGGAGGAAGGCUAUACCCAGUGCUCGCAGUUUCUUUACGGAGUUCAGGAGAAGAUGGGCAUAAUGAAUAAAGGAGUCAUUUAUGCACUUUGGGACUAUGAACCUCAGAAUGAUGACGAGCUGCCCAUGAAGGAAGGAGACUGCAUGACGAUCGUCCGCAGGGAGGACGAGGACGAGAUAGAGUGGUGGUGGGCCCGCCUGAAUGACAGGGAGGGCUACGUUCCACGCAACUUGCUAGGGCUAUACCCAAGAAUUAAACCAAGACAAAGGAGCUUGGCCUGAAACAUGGCAGAAUUUUAGUUAAUGAAGAAUUAAUCUCUGUUACCACUAAGAAGAAAUAAUAUGAUCAUUUGGGGCAAAAAAUUUCACGAGACUUAUUUUAAUGACAAAGUAACUUGAAAGCCAUGAAGAAUGCACUCUGCAAGCAAAUGAAGGGCUGGAGAAGUCAGUCCCUGUUCGCAGAAGACGUUCAGCAUGAGGGAACGGAGCUCACGAGGAAGCUGACCGAGCUGCAUGAGGGCUCAGUGUUCCAUGUGGCACUCAGAAAGAUGCACAGCGACAGCUCUGUCCUCUGCUAGAAGUAGGACCACUUAUUGGGCUACUGGGAAAUCAGCGUCACGUCCCGCCUUUUAAGUUGGUGUUUUCCAGCACCUGCCCCCAUACCUGUCCUCCCGCCAGCAGUACAGGGGCCAUCAUGGUGCCAUCUGAUGUCCCCCAGCACCAGCAGGCCCCCAGGGAACUCGCGUGAAGGCUUGAAGGUGUCGCACAGGUGUGUUGUCUGUGAAGAACUGUCUGUUGGUUGUCAGUGAGCAAUAACUUUGAUACGAGUUUUUGUAGCAUCUUAAGGAUUACACGUUAUUUGAAAUAUUGAAACCAUGCCACACUACAGGUAAUUAGAUUUAGAAUCUUGUUUUUAGGCUGAAAUUUGAAUCUAUAUUUAUUGUCUUUUGUAUCUCAGAAAUUAGAGGCUUGCAAUAGACUCACUCAUGGUAUUUGUCAAGAUCAUAGCUGACUUUAAAAACAAUUGUAAUAAAAUUAAACUUUUUGACUUUAAGCUUUU